AUGUAAUAUCGACCCAAAACAAUAUCUCGAUGUAACGUAGGUUGGUUACAAAGAUGGUAAAUCAGACUCUCGCUCAAGUCUCAAGUGUCUCUAUCACAGCUGUUCGCUGUGUCGGAGCGGUUGCGUUUGACAGCUCGGCUUUCCAAUCGGUCCCUCUCUCCAGGGAGAAUCGAAGCUAUUAAAAUUCAAGAUCUCUGUACCAUAUUUUCCAUCAAAAUCGUCAAACGCGACGAUUUUAUACGAAUUAUGUAUUAUAUACAUCGAUCAACAUUGACAGAUGUCUGAAUUAAUGUCGAUUAAUAUAAUGCAGUCGUUUGGCAGCAAACGGAUGACAUGAGACCUGUGCAUAUCGUGAUGAGGAACUGCGAUAUUAUUAAGCGCCGGGUGGGAUAUUUGUCGUUAGCUAAAACGAAAAAUGUUCGUCAAAGAUCCCUGUGGCAUCAUAUGCAUUAUCGUCACCUACAUAGCAGUGUUUUACGCCGAUUACGUUGUGGUACGAUGGAUCGUGUUGCAUACCAUGCAAGACAGCUUAUGGGGUCCUUUCCAUGUAAUAGCAUUCAACACUGUUGUACUUCUUUUAAUGAUGGCGCACUUGAAAGCUGUCUGUAGUGAUCCUGGAAUAGUACCUUUACCACAAAAUAGAAUGGACUUUUCUGAUAUUCAUGUUUCCGGAGGUAAUGAUGAUCACGAGGGAGAUGAAAAAGAUGAUUGGACAGUAUGUACUAGAUGCGAAACAUAUAGACCACCUAGAGCACACCACUGUAGAAUUUGCAAACGUUGCAUCAGAAGAAUGGAUCAUCAUUGUCCAUGGAUCAAUAAUUGUGUCGGCGAAAGGAAUCAAAAAUACUUUAUACAGUUUCUGGUAUAUGUUGGUGCAUUAGCUAUAUAUGCUAUUAUUUUAGUUAUUGUAUCAUGGAUUUAUGACUGCCCGCAAUGCAAUAAUGAUAUUGCAAUCAAACAAAAUCGCAUUUUACAUUGUGUGAUAUUAGUUUUGGAGUCUGCAUUAUUUGGUAUGUUCGUCAUAGCAAUUCUGGUGGAUCAGUUUCAAGCGAUUCUAAGCGAUGAAACCGCUGUGGAACAUGUACAAGAUAUACACCAGCGUUAUCAUAAUAAGAAUACACCACGAACAUUUACGCUUUUGUCCCAAGUGUGUGGCAAGAGUCAUCCAAUAUUUUGGUUGUUGCCUUGCCACAAUCCACCACGUUAUUCCUUCAGGAAAGAUGCGUAUUUAAUUGAUCACGAAGUUUAAGAUUAGACAGUAAAGCGUAUUAUAUCUGCACAGUAUUUUUUUCUUUUGUAUCAUCUUUCUAUAUUUCUUAGAGCGAUUCUUUCCUUAGAUUAUUAAUUUAAUAUGUCUUUGUAAAGAUUAUAUAUUGACGUUAUUAUAGAUUUGAGACUGUAGCUAUAAUUUUUCUACAGUGCAAAAAUAAAAUAUUUAUAUAUCAUUAU